UCCACUGAUUUGUGCCUCUUAUUAGAUGAUCAUCUAUGACGCCAUUAACUUUUCUGGAAAAAAGCAGGAAAUUGUCAGUAACGUCCAGGAUGCUACGUCAAUGAUGUUUCCACAAGGUGUCUCCAUCAGAGUUGUCAGAGGAUGCUGGGUCUUGUAUGGGGAACCAGGAUACAGAGGGCAGUACCUCGUUCUGCUGGAAGGGGAGACGGUGCUGAGUCACUUUGGGGGCUCUCCUACGACGGUGGCAAUUGGUUCAAUUAAAAGAGUAGUAGAGAAUCACAGCAUUCCAGAAAUUCAGCUUCGCCGACCGCAAGGCAAAAACCAAACUGCUAUGAACUUCCAAAAAGAAAUCAGGGACCUGGAAGCACUUGGAGCUGCCCCUGACCUUUCUUCUGUCAUGGUCAAGUCUGGGUGCUGGCUUGCCUACGAUGACACCAAUUUCAGUGGCAACUCCGUCCUUCUGCAAGCAAACGGUUCAGCUUCACAGAAUGCUGACAAACCAGAAAUCACCCACGUGAAAUCGCUACGGCCACUGGAAAUGGGUGGCCUGAAAGUACAAAAGCCUUUGGAUCCCAAGAUUGUGCUGUACGAGUUUGCCUGCUUCACUGGACAGUCCAAAGAGGUCACUGAUAACGUCCACAACGUAGCGGCACUGAAAGGACUGAUUGGAGUGGGGUCAAUACGGGUCAUUGGCGGAGUAUGGGUUGCCUACACAGCGGAAGGGUAUAAUGGAAAGCAGUACUUGCUUGAAGAGGGUGAAUAUUUAGACUGGCAAGCAUGGGGUGGAUUGAAUAACACUGUGCUGUCCCUCCGCUAUGUACAGGCUGAUUUUGUAGAGCCUUCAGUAACAUUGUUUGAAGAGGGGCACUUAGAAAACACAAACAAGCCUGAUAUCACAGACCUUGACAUUCCAGACCUGGAGAGUGUCGGCUUCAAAAGGGGGAUAGAUUCAAUUCACGUCUCAAAUGGAGUGUGGGUGGCGUACCGGCAGAAGCACUAUUGUGGAGAGCAGUACAUCCUGGAGAAAGGAAUGUACAAGAGCAUGUCUGACUGGGGAGGAUCGGACAGCACAAUCAUGUCCAUUCGGCCCAUCCGACUGGAGACCAUGGGAAGCACUGAACCUCAGUACUUGCUGAGACUGUACAGUGAGCCUCAUUACCGUGGAAGAUGUGCUGAAUAUACUACAGAGGCCCUGGACUACUCUGUGUUUGAACCCAUGUCUUUCAGGGUGAUUCAUGGGAACUGGCUGCUCUUUGAUGAAGAAGGCUUUGCUGGCAAUCAGUUUGUACUGGAAGAAGGUCUUUAUCCUGAUCUCACUUCCUGUGGUUGCAUGGCAACAUCCAUCAAGUCAAUGAAGCCUAUUCAAUAUGAUUUCUCCGAGCCUUCCAUCAGUCUGUUUUCUCUGGACUCCUUUGAAGGCAAGGAGCUGGUUGUGGAGGAAUCUGACAUCUCCCUUCAGAACAAGAACUUCUUCUCCCAGUCUCUCAGAGUGACCAGCGGACUGUGGGUUGUGUAUGAGUAUCCCAGCUUCAAGGGACGACAGAUGCUGUUGACUGGGGGAGAGUUUGGGUGCUGGAGUGACUACAGUGGCUGGAAUACGAUUGGCUCCCUUCAACCUCUGCCACAGCCUAAAGUCUACAUCAGGUUGAAAAACCGGGCACUGGGAACAUUCCUGACUGCUGAAGACAACGUAGAAAAAUCUAAACCGUCAAGAGUUUCCGUUUGUCCUUCCAAUGGGAAAAGCACACAGAUCUGGACCUUCAGUCAGGGGCUUUUAAAAUCCAAGGUUAACAAGGCGUGCAUGGCGCUCAUUGGGGGGAAAGGCACUGCGGGGGCCAAUGUGGCUCUCUGGCCAGAGCACGGGCGGAUUCAUCAGAGGUGGAGGUUUAACAAGGACAGCACAAUCACAAGCUAUCUGAACGGCAGCCUUGUGCUGGAUGUUAAAGGUGGAAAGGGUUACGACAAGGAUCAUUUGAUUAUGAAUCCACAUACAGCAGGUCAGAUCACACAGCUUUGGGAUAUUGAAAUGCUAUAACAUGAACUUGGAUAAGCUUGGAAGGUGAACUCAGGUGUCAAAAGGGCCACCAAAGAGCCUACAGCGGACAAGCUGCUUUCAGGGGGAAAAACAAGCCUGCUGUACAUUAACGCUUUAGCUAUCGAGUAUAAAUAUCGAGCUACGGACAGUGGGAAUACGAAGUGGUUGAAUUGAACUGUACCACGCUGGGAUAUGGAUUUUUUUAGAGCAUUUUACAGCACCUGGAUUGCAUCGAACCGUUUCUAGGGGUAUUCCCAGGAUAACCAGUGCUGCAGUAAGGUUACCUGUGAAUAUCCUCGUAGCUAUUAGGAUCUAUUGAAAACAAUAUAGCACCUUUUUUAUGUAAUAAGAUUUAGGUUUAUUGUUAGUGAAGCUUUUAAUGGUCGUGUCAGGCCAGGGAUGAUUGUAACGGUAUAAUGUCUUCAGGCAUACAAGUUAUACCAAUGAGUUGGUUAAGACUUCCUUAAAGCUUGCUAAAAAACGGUCCUUGACUCACUUACAAGGAUAUCAUACCAGUCUGCAGACUCUGAUAUGAUGGGACGUUGAUCUUCUUCUAAAAACAACAAAUCCUGUACAAAAAUGCAUCUGAAGAGUAAUGAUCAACUGCAAUGUAAUAAAAUACUUUUAAUUUACAGCUUUAUAAGCUGGUCCCGAUGCUAAACUGGACUGGGAACCAAAAUCCUAUUUGAAGUAAAUAUAUUUUGAACUAUCAUUCGAUCUUGGCUGCCUUUUUUGCGAACAGAAAACAUGUGAACCAGGAAAUCAAGUUGGUUUGACAGCACAGCAGAUAAGCUUCUAUUCAAGCAAGCUCCUGUGUGGCUUGUGGAAAGAGAUGUGUGAAAGGAAACAGCUUAAGUAAUGAAUGUUAAUAUUCUAUUCUAUUAAUAUUUAAUAGAAUCUUUAUGUACGUCAAUAAUAAUCCAUGACAAGCACGUGUCUUCACACAGCAUAUACAUGAUGUUACUGCUUGAAAAGGGUGUGAUGCAAAGCAAUAGCAUUUAUGCAACAAUGUUGCAGAGCCUUGCUUAGUAAAUAUUGAUACAGUAGCAAACUCCUCUCUCUUUGAAUAAGUGAACGAUGCACUGCGGGAGCUGUUAUUCACCUUUCCAAGGUACCGUCCACCAGCUAAACAGUGGUCAGAACAGCAAAGAUCUCUUUUGGAAGAGUGGGCAGGAAUGUGUAAUAAAAGAAAGCAGCUUGGAGAGACGAGGUGGACUCAGUGUUAGGUAUUAUGACUUGUACCUGACAGGCAGUGGUCAAGGCAUUUUCCAUGAAAGCAGUAACAUAUUAGAAACUCAGCAUGAAUCCAACAACUGUAAUCAGUGCAAUUCCUAGAGAUUAUUGAGACCGUAUAUACAUGUAUAUUGUGGCCAGUAGUAGCAAUACUGUAUUGUGGAAUCUAGUCUUUUAAAAUAUGUAUAUAUACAUUCAGCUUCUUUAAAUGGACUUGUAAAAACAGUGUGCAUUACAAUUUUUUGUUUUGAAAUGGAAGAUGAUAUGUUUUA